UUUUCCUACACUCAUAUCUCUCCAAUCUCUCAUUCUCUCUCAUUCCUAGCAUAUCACCACUCUUCACUCAUUCUCUCAUUUAAUUUCCAGCAGCUAAUUAAGGAGUGGCGCAUCCAAGGCUCGAGGAGGACAACCGAAGCAAGCUUGAAGAGGUUUGAAUUCAAUCACUUAAGUUAAAGGAUAAUGCCCCCGCGACGCGCUCCGGAAGAUGAGCAGCGAGCCCCACCUGUGAAUAACAAUGGGGUUGAUUUUGCUCAAUUUCUACUAGCUCUCCAAAGCUUUAUGCAGCAACAACAAGAUGGUGGCAUGAAUACUGGACAACCUCGAGUAAGGAAUUUUGAAAUUAUUGAACAGUUUCGAAGGAUGGGUCCACCAAGAUUUAAGGGAACCGAAGGGCCUGAAGACACGGAAGAAUGGAUUCGUGAGCUCGAACGAAUAUUUGAGCUUAUGGGCUGUAGUGAAGAGCAAAAAGUCUCGUGUGCGAUCUAUCAAUUGGCCGAAGAAGCAAGCCACUGGUGGGAAUCUCAUGCUCGAACGUUGACACUUGAACAACGCCAAGCUUUGGUUUGGAAGGACUUCAAGGAGCUGAUAAUGGAUCGGUAUUUUCCUCAAUCCUACAUAACACAAAAGGAGACCGAGUUCCUCAAUCUCAAGCAAGGAAAUAUGACGCUAGUCGACUAUGAGAGAAAAUUCAACAAAUUGUCUCGAUAUGCACCAUACCUAGUCGACACGGAUGUGAAGAAAGCGCGUCGGUUCGAGCAAGGCUUACGACCUGAAAUUUGUGGAAUAAUAUCCGCCUUGAGAUUGCCAACUUAUAGAGAAGUUAUCGACCGAGCUCAAGCAGUCUCCAAUGGCUUGCAACUAGAGAUCAAAGAUCAACAACACCGUGACUCAUUCGGAAAGAGAAAAUGGGAAGAUUUUGGAAAAGGGAAAAAUGCUCCAACAAACAAGAAAUGGCAACCGACACGUGGUUCUUCAACAGGAUCUGCAUCAUCCAAGUCAAGCAAUGAGAAGUCUCAAUGCCCAAAGUGUAAUAAAUUCCACAUAGGCGAGUGUUGGCGAGGGAAGAACGUCUGCUACUCCUGUGGCGAUCCAGGACACAUGUCAUAUAACUGUCUAAAGAACAAGAAGGAGACACAAAAGAAUAUUCAAGAGCCUAUGAAGAAAGUGAAGCCCCGAGUCUUUGCCAUGACUGAAGGAGACCCCGAUCCCGAGGACGGUGCAGACACCAUGUCAGGUAUACUUCAAGUCUCAAAUAUUCCUGCUUUGGUGCUAUUUGAUUUGGGAGCUACCCAUUCCUUCAUAUCUUCGAAAUUUUGUUCGAAGAUUAGUAUAGUCUCCUACGAUAAUAGCGACGCACUAGAGGUUAGCAUUCCUUCGGGAAAAAUUAUUAGGAGCGAUAAGAUAGCGAAGGGUAUAAAGAUAGACAUAAACGGGAAAGAGCUUGAGGCCGAUCUUCACGUCCUAGAAAUGCGAGAUUUCGAUAUAAUCUUAGGCAUGGAUUGGAUGGGCAAGAAUAAUACAACAAUUAGAUGUCGUGAGCGAAAGGUGGAGAUUCAACGCCCUCGAGAACCGAAGCUCAUCUUUUAUGGUGCUCGAACCAAAGCUCAUCCAAGGAUUAUAACAGCGAUGAAGGCAAUCAAGAUGCUAAGAAAGAAAGAUUGUCAAGGGUACCUAGUUAGUAUGACCACAACACUACCCAAACGAAAGUAA